AUGAAGAAUGCAGGAGGCAUUUCAAUGGUCAUGAUCAUAGCUAUCAUGGUCUCAUCGGCAACGCUGCGGGCCGCGCUUGCGGUGCAACAUGAAGAACAUAAACAAAUCCAUUCAAGGCCACCACUUAUAGAAAAAAAGGGACAAAGUUGCUGGUCGUCUCUGUCAAAUAUACCAGGUUGCACCGUAGAGGUGUUGAAGGCAAUACUUCAACUAAACAUCGAUCUGGGGCCUGACUGUUGCAAGGCCAUCGUCCAUAUAGGGAAGAACUGCUGGGCCGAGAUAUUCGGUUUCCUGCCGUUUAAUCCCAUGCUCCCAUCUGUGAUGGAGAAAUAUUGUUACACCGUUUAUGGAAUCCACGCUCUUCAUUGA